GCAACGGGCUUCUUUGAUUGCUGGUGUUUAAUAACCAUUUCAUCCUCUCCUGCAGAAAGAUAAAUAAAUAAAUAGAAAAACCAUUUUUCAAUCUUACCUCACAUGCAACUCUGGAAGUCUUCUGGAAUCUUGAUUUUCUUUAACUCAACAAAUUCUUAUCUCAAAAAUUUCGAAAUCAAUUUCUGUCCAUGUAUGGCAAUAUUUCCUCUUUGUUUAUCUAUCUGUUACUCUGAGAGUUUAAGGUUCUAGAUCUAAAGCUUGAAUCUUUUCAUCGGAUUUCCCUUCUUCCGGCUUGCCUUUUGUUGAUAAUAUGUUGUGCCUCUUAUUGUUUGUAUAUUUUCCGGCGAGUUUAUCUUCCUAGAUGUGUAAUUUGAGUACCCAUCUGGGAAAUCAGUAAAAUUCCAGUGUUUAAUUUCAAUUCUCAUGAAGUUUAGCUCCUGGGUGUUUCGCUUUCUUCCUGUUUUCUCCUUUAAUCUUUAUACCAGAACCUAGGGUUUUUAUCUCCACCCAGUAUUUCGAAGUUUUGGUCACUAUGGAUUACGGUAGAGAGAAUGUGGUUCAUGUAAUCCCAACGAAUGGACCCGAGAAUUGGCUUCCGAAUUCCUUGGACGCCUCCGUCUGGGCAACGGAAGAGGAUUACCGCGUUUGGGACAACCACGAGGCCUCCGCAGAUGCGAAUUUCAACUACGACCAGCGGCAGUCGCGCUCAAACGGCGAGCAGCAGUCCAACAAGAAACCCAGAAACUCACAGGAAGUGAAUUCCCGAUCAAAAGCUAUAGGGAAGAUGUUUUUCAAGACCAAGCUCUGCUGCAAGUUUAGGGCUGGUACCUGUCCCUAUAUUUCCAACUGCAACUUUGCUCACAGCAUGGAGGAGCUUCGACGCCCACCUCCGAAUUGGCAAGAGAUAGUGGCUGCCCAUGAAGAUGAGAAAGGCAGCUUAUCAGAGCCGAGAGAGGAAUUUCAAAUUCCUUCCGUAGUGUCUCCAAAUUUUGGAGGGGACACGCAGAGGUCAUAUAAAUGGAGGCAUUGCAAGAAGUUUUAUACUGAGGAGGGUUGCCCGUAUGGUGAUAGUUGCACUUUCUUGCACGAUGAGCAGUCGAAGAAUAGGGAGAGUGUGGCUAUAAGUUUGGGGCCUGGAGGAUAUGGUGGUGGAGGUGGGAAUGGAUCAAAUUCCAAACCUUCGAAUUGGAAGACUAGGAUUUGUAAUAAGUGGGAGCUUACAGGUUACUGCCCGUUUGGAAAUAAGUGCCAUUUUGCUCAUGGAAGUACAGAAUUGCACCGAUAUGGUGGGGGCCUUGUGGAGGGAGAAGUUAGAGAUUCUUCUGCUGCUGCUCCUUCUGACUCAAAGCAAGGGGGAGUACCCUCAAAGACUCAAUCAGAUGCCGUGACUGCAUCAGUUCCUUCAGUUCAACAUACUGAUGUCUAUCAUAUUGGGGUACCUUCACAGAGGACACCAAUUGUAAUCCAGAGGCCACAAAGAACUCAUCAGAAAUGGAAGGGUCCAGACAAAAUCAGUAGGAUAUAUGGUGACUGGCUUGAUGAUAUUGAAUAGAAUGUUGUGCUACAAACGCUGGAAAGUAAGAAACGUGAGCUGAAAUUACUUAAAAGAACCUUUUUCAUGAGAAGAUGAAAGAUUUAGAUGUUAGGAAAAAGGGGUCACCUAGAUUCUGGUUUUGAGCUGGAGAGUGGUUUUCUGCUCCCUCCCAAGUUUCAGUCUCUGGUUCCUACUCAGAUAUGGGAAUGUGAAGCUUGUAUUACUUCUGUAUUCAUUGUGCUUGUAACCACAUGUUUGCUAGAGAAACAAAAACUGAAUCUCAAGAGACAGCUGUUUAUCUUUCGUUCCACUUUUCUAUAAGAUACAAAUUGUGUUCUUAGCUCACUCCCAUUUUGUCAAGUCUU